AUGGAGGACCCUAAACUCCACUCCAAGGACCCCGUGGAGAUAUCCCGCCUCGACUUGGAAUCUUCUACCUCCCAAGAGGCAAUCAUUACUGAUGUAAAGCACUUGGCUUCUUACAACUGGAUUGAGGCACCCACUCCCACCAUUGCUAUUCCGGGUAGCCCCGCUCAGUGGUCCGCCCCAAAUGGUCCCCGACAGGUGAAGAAAGAUAGAGGUCUUGUUUACAUCGCCCAAAAUGCUGCCCGUCAUCCAGACAGCCCUCUGGAACCGCUAUUCCGCUCGCUUUGCAUCGAGCAACCUUCAUUCGAUUUGAACUCGGUUGAUGUUGUCACCGACAGGAACAACAUUCGAAAGCUUCUAUCAUUUGUCAACCCUUCCUUGGCUAAGGGACCUCUCGAACCAUUCACUAUCCGGAUCGAGAUGGCUGCUCAUACUGCAAUCUUUUGCCGCGAUGAAACCAAGACCCACGAAGUCAUUGGACCGGAAGACUUCCGUGGCUUUGGCCAUGAGUUUGAGAAAGCAUACACCAUCUCUCAAAUAAAAGAUAGCACCGGCCACCAUCGCAUCAUCUCCUACCAACUGGGUGACUUGCGUUUACUUGUGCGCCAUGAAACAGAUGGCUUCGUUGGUGAUGUGCCUACAACUGGAGACAGUCUCGUAAGCGGGCUCAGCUCCUUGACCUUCUCGCCAGAAACAACAGCUGGGGGCAAGGCAUCCACUCUUUCCAAGUUGACCAUCAAGAGAGAGGGACAGGCUGUGCCACGUGAAACAACUUUGGAGAUCAAGACUCGAGUGAUCCAUAAACCCCUGGAGCUGGAAGAGGUUGCUGCCCAGCUUUGGGUCUCUCAAACUCCGAAUCUCGUUCGUGCGUAUCAUCAACGGGGAAGAUUCUUUACACCGGAAGUGGAAGAUAUCGCUAUCCAAGUAAAAGAAUGGGAACAAGCUCACAAGAAUGAUAUCAUCCAACUGAUCGCACUACUCCAUCGAAUCGUCGAAGAGACUGAGAGCUGCGGCGGUUGUACAACCGUUCGGUACAAUCCACCAAAGGACAAGUUGGUGAUCGAGAAGGCCCAGAGAAGGAAAAUGCUCCCCGAUGAUCUGUAUGCACUAUGGGCCAAAGAUGACGGCUUGGAGCAGGUGGCGUCUCAGAAAUAUUCGGGUGUCUCUGAGAAGGGUACUAUUGACAGAUCCGAAGACGACGCCAAGACAAAGCCGACCAAUCUUCCACAUGAGGCAAAUCAUGUCGCUCUCGUGUCUGACAGCAAGUCAGAGUCAUAG